AUGCGGUCGCCAUCGCCGUCACUGCUCUUGCAGUGCCUGACCAGCUUACUGUCUCAUGACAAGGCCGCAGCGCACUGCAUCGACAUCGUGCCCGGGAGGGAUCAGUCCUGCCUACCGUCACCGGCCGUCGAGAUGGUCCCAUCACAGGAUGUUCAUCUAUACAAGUAUGCGUGCAACAAUAUUGAGAUGCACGACAUGAAUAUAUUCAAGGGGAAGUUCAGUGUUGUUGAUAUUGUGGGACUAUCUAGAUCAAAUCUUGCAGCUACAAAAGGCAAAGGCAAGAGUAAUAGCCCCACCAGUUAUAUCAUUGUAUUAACGAGUACUUGGAAAGGCGAGGAUCUGGAUUUAUCUUUUGCACUAGGGCCCUUAAAAUGCUAUCAGAGUUCACUUGAGCUAGUAAAUGUUCUCAAGAAUGAGAUCUGUGAUGGGCUGUUGACAUUCAGAAGCAAACAUGUUUUAGAGUUAUAUAUUUAUCUGAUGCGACUGAGCUGCAGAUAUGGGCUUCCUGGGAUAUUUUCUUGCCUGAAGGUGAGUGCUUUUUCGGCCGGAUCUCAUUGA